AAAAAAAAAAAAAAAAAAAAAAAAAAGCGCGUUUUCCCCUGACGGCGGGAAGAAGACAGCUGCGUGACGCAGCAGAAAUGAGUGCCAGCUGUAUUGUAACGUCAUCUCCGAAUUGAGCAAGAUUUUUAACUGAUUCUCCUGAGGAAGGGAUGAAUACUUCUGUAAUACUACUAUCUGCAGAGAAUACCAAAAUGGGAUAAAAAGAAAACCCUCUCUGUUUGCCCCUUGAUGAAAGUGGAGGCAUAUAGAGAAAUGACACUCUGCUACAAGGAAACCUCUUCUAAACAGAAAGCCUGCAAACGGUUUGCUGAAGACAAGCAGACAAAGGACAUGGAUUACUGGAACCCCCAGUCCUGUGAUCCGAUGAGACCAAGAUAAGCUUAUUUGGAUCAGAUUGUGUCAAGCAUGAGUGGUGGCAACCAGGACUGACCAAGAAGCGGUACGCACUUUGAUUGAACUCAUGGAUGAACAAGAACCACAACCUACAGGUACUACAUCUACUGAAUUCCUUGAUGUUAAGAUCAUAAGAGAUGACAACGGUUUCCUUUCCACUGACCUUUUUAGAAAAAGUACUUCUGCCAACACUAUACUUCAUGCAAAAUCCGGACACCCACGACACCUAGUGAAUAACAUCCCAACUGGACAAUAUCUUCGGGCACGACGUAUCUGUUCCAAUACCUUGGACUUCGAGAAACAAGCUGAAGAUCUUCAGGUUAAAAGACGUACCACCAAACAGGAUUCCGAUACCGUUAGAUUCAUCACAACAUACCACUCACGGACCCAAGAUAUGAACACAGCAAUUGCAAAAUACUGGCCCCUACUUACGACAGACCAGGUUCGGGGCAUUGAUCGGGUCUAUGCUGGCCCUCGUGGCGGCAAUUGGAAAACUCUUCUCGCUCAAAAAGAAUGUAAAUGGAUCGAAAUUUUGGGAACAAAAACUCCGGCUGGAUUGAACGAGAUCAACAGUUUUGCCUCCUAUUUGGUCUACAAUACAUCUUGCUCAUCAUUCUAUCAAUAUGGCGGGAGACUCCCCUUUUUCUUCCUUUUCUCUCCUCCUUUCCCAUGUUCCCCAUCCUUAUGUACUAUUCGAUAUAUCUUUAAUGUAUUUAUUAUUGUUGCUAUUACCAGUAGUGUUGUCCAAUUAACUAUCUGUGGAUGGUUCAUGUAUGUAUUUUCAUACAAUAUUGAUUUGUCUUUCUUAAAUUAUGUUUAAAGCUAUAUGGGGGGCCCCCCACCUUAUCAUGUAUGUUUAUUCAUGUGUUUUUUAUAGUUAUUUUUUGGCUAUUAUAUUACCAUCCUCUUUUAUUGAUGUACAAUUCAUAUAUUACAUACAUUUCAUUUAUCAUGCCCUCCUCUAUUUGUCCCCAUAUCCUAUCACUUGGCAACAUUAAUGUAUUUAUUAUUUUCCAUACUUGUCACAAUUAUUUAUUUAUUUCAUCACUUCCAUUCAUUCACCUUCCCAGCUUUAAAUCCCAUGGCAUAUUUGUACACUCAGGUCUAAUUCAUCACAGUAUCCCUAUUCACACCCCUCUUCAUUUCCCCCCCCCCCUCUCUUCUUCCCCCCUAUAUACAUAUAUAUAUUUUUUUCCUGCCCUUUCACUAUUUUUGCACAAAUGUGUUUAUUUUCACGUGCACACACAGAUCCUUACACAAUUCAUGCAUCACAUAUAUCCUACAUGGUUGAUUUAAUUUAGAUCCUAUUGUUUCCCCUCAUUAACUAUUACCCUUUAUACAUCUUUUCAUUCCCUUAAAUUUAUUAUCGGCAGUCAGCCAUUUUAGUGAGGCCACAGGCAUCUUCUGCCUCUAGGGACCGGGCCCGGCGCACAUGCGCCACAUUAUAGCACACGGCCAUGUUUGUGUGGCCUGCGCCAUUAGUUCCAUCCCUGCGCGUCUCUGGCUCCCUAUAUGGGAGUUGAGCCAGCAUACAUGCGCAGUAGUGUACCCCAGGCGUGGACGGCUUACACGGCCCUCCUCUCGCGAGAUUUCGGUCUCAUUCACAUGAGCCGAUCCGCUCAUGUGACCUGACGCCAUUUCCGGUUUACAUCACCCAGUGUCCCGUAACAGGUGCGUUCCUCACUCCUCAUUGGCAUACAUUUACUACUUAUAGCGAGACUAUCCCAGUCCACCUAACUCCUUGACAAAGCCGCUUCCGGCGAAACGCGUCGGAGUUGUGGAUGUGGAUUGGGGUGAGUCCUGUGCCAGUUUUAUACUAGACCGUUUCUUUCCUGCAUAUUAUUCCUUGUUGCUAGUCACCACCUAAACUUGCUGCUAUCUAUCUGCUGCUAUCUGCACUAUUGCUGCCCAUUGCCUGUUGGUUGUUAUUGCUUACUAUUAGCACUAUACCGUGUUACCCAGGUGUUAUUAUUUUCCCUUCUUUAGGCUGCAUGUUCAAGUCCUUGUCCACUUCAUUUGCACGGUUAAUUAAUUUUUUAAUUUUUAAAUCUUUUCACUUGUUGCAACUCACUUGAGUGUCAUGUUUUAUUCAUUUACCUUUUGUUUUGGUUAUUAAUCCAUAAUUUUAUCACAUAUAAUUGGUUGCCCUCACCGGCCAUUGCGUGGUAAUUUAUUUCCACAAGUAUUGCACAUCUUUUUUGCACAUUUUGCACUACGCCCUUCCCCCCUCCUUCCCCUCACCUUGUGCAUGCAACCCUUGCAGAUAUUAAUUUAUAAUUUAUUUAUGAUUUAUAAACUAUUAAUUGCAGCUCACUACUAGCAUUGUGACUUCGCAAAGAACUAUUUUAUCUCCUUAUUUAUUAUAUUGGCAUACAGGCUCUCACCCCAGCAUCCACCUUAUACUUUCAUAUUUAUUUUUUUAUAUAUUCUAUAUAUAUUUUUUUACUACCGUUUAUGAAUUGAUUCUGUGAUUUUAGAUAUACAUAUAUGUAUUUUUUAAACUAUACAUUUCAAUAAAAUUACUUUUAUACAUGAUUAUACUUGUCAUAAAUUAUUUUUAACUGGGGUAUAUUCACUAUUUAUU